AGUCUAAAGGUGGUUGGAACUAUGUCUGUCGGACUAGAACAUAUUGACCUUGACGAGUGUCGGCGUCGUGAUAUCAAGGUCGGCCACUGCCCUAAUGUGCUUAAUGACGCUGUAGCCGAGCUAACCAUAGCUCUACUCCUGUCAGCGGCACGCAGACUCAAAGAAGGGUACGCCUGCACCAGUGUGGAAGAAACCUGGGAAAAUGCCUUGUUUCUCUGUGGUCACGAGGUUUCCGGAUCCACAGUUGGUAUCGUCGGGCUAGGUCGCAUCGGUAUGGCGGUUGCUAGGCGACUGAACUCCUUCAAUGUUGCUAAGUUCCUGUACACCGGAAAUAGUCAGAAGUCUUACGCAGAAGAAGUUAAUGCAGAAUUCGUGUCGUUCGACAAACUACUGGAAGACUCUGAUUUUGUAAUAGCAUGCUGUUCUAUAAAUCCAAACAACGAAGGUCUCUUCAACAAAUCUGCAUUCAAAAAGAUGAAGAAGUCGGCUAUCUUUAUCAACGUUUCAAGAGGAGUACUGGUCAAUCACGAAGACCUAAUUGAGGCUUUGACCACUGGUGAGAUAUAUGGGGCCGGGCUUGACGUCACCGUGCCCGAACCACUUCCACCGGACAGUCCUCUACGCUACCUAAAAAACUGCCUGGUGACCCCUCAUCUCGGCAGCGCCAGCUUGAAGGCAAGAAACGCAAUGGCCAGUCUCACAGCAAGGAACAUUUUGGCGGGAAUUAGAGGCGAAGAUCUCCCAGGUGCUGUCCCGUAACAUAUUUUCUACGAUUGUAUAUAUACAAGCAUUGACUAUAAAUUUAUUGUUAAUUUCCAAACGUGAUUAUUAAACAUGUUACAGCUACAGAAAAUGCAUCACAGUUAAGGAAGCUGAGAGUAGUUACUAACUGUAUACACAUACAAACGGAGGUGCCAUCUAGUGAUUACUGGUAGUUGUUUUUAAUUAAAAGCAUCGGUUAAUUAAACAAUCUACUAGGCUCAUAACGAAGAAUAUAGUCAGGGCGGCUGUUUUGGUAUAAUAGCUUCAAAAUACAUUUUUUUUAUUAAUAUAUUGUCCGGUCUUCCAUAAAAUAAUAAGUGCCCUCAUUUUCAAACGCAAAAGAUUGGUCAUGUGAGGCUCUUUGAAAAAAGAGAGAAUCUAACUCGACUUUCUAUUUUAUAUGAGAUUUAUAAAACGAAUCCUAUACUGUUUCAUUUAAGCGAGCCUAUGUGAGCUAAAG